AUGUCUCUGGACAUGGAUACAAGACCACUCUCGCCACAGAAGGAGCAGGAGAUAGCAUCGAAAAUCUUGCAGAGGGCUGAGCUGGCUCAGAUGACGCGGCAGCUGAAACUUGGGCUCAGUAGGGUCGCGUCCCCAAAGAAAGGAUCGAGUGCGGCUUCCUGUCCGAACGCAGUCAACAAAACAGCGGUUUUGCGUGGUCCGGGCCCAAGAAUGAAAGACGGUCUUGGGGUGUGUAUGGGAGCGAUUGCGGGCAGGUGCUCGCCCAUUAAGAUGUCGCGCAGCGCGCCGGCUAUAAGUCGGCUACUGCUGGGAAAAGCAAAGACGGGCUGUGCCACAACGCCAGAUGAAAAGGAGAAUGAGGAAGGGCAGUCGCCCGCCAAGCGGCAUAAGCAGGGCGCGGGCGCGGCGGAUGGACGCGGCGGCCCCCAACGGGGCGCGCUGAUGGACAUGAUCAAGCCGCUCCCCAGCACUCCAAAAUCGCACCGAGAAGCGGCACCCAGGCGACCUGCAGUUGGAGCAAGCGCAGGCACGCUGCCCCACGGCAGCGAGGACGUCGGUGCGGACCUGCUGAUGUACCUGGCGACCAGUCCGUACGCUUCUGCUGCCAAGCAGCAUCAUACCAGCUCGCCACGUGUCCCAAUGACGCCAUCGUACCUGCACCACGCCUCCUCGGCCGGCGAUCCGCGCCCGGCACAGGCCUGGCAGCACCCAUCGCCGCAUGCUGUGCCUAAGAUGUCUCAGAAUUACGCGGCCGCUCAGGCGGGCGCCAGCCCCUCCAUGCUUUUGGGCCAGGAAGCCUUCCACGAGCUGGGCGACUCGCCUGGCAUGUCAAUGUACAUGUCGCCCCAGACCCAUAGGCUCAAGGGCAAUGGCGGGUACCUGUUGCCGACCGCUUCUAUCUCCGACCCUUCGGUGCUCGGUGACACCGGCCGCCCUCCGUCUUCUCAGUCAUUGACAUCGCACCUUCUGCGUACCCCGAACUUUAACAUGAAUGACUAUGUGCAUAACCUUUUCAGCCCCUCACCAAGAAUAGACCCGCCAGGUAGCUCUGGGAAUAUAUAG